GCAAAAAGAAAAAGCAAAGAAAAAGCCAAAGCGCUCUUCAUCAUUCCACCAUCUCUUAUCAUUUACCUCCCAACUACCCGAAGUCGUCUGCUGAAGUCUGGCGACGAGUCUGUUGGGUGAGAAUUACGAUUUGACUCACUCUCCCUCAUCUCCUUAUCUUGCUGCAUUCCAUUCUCAGACCCUCCCUUCUCUCAAUUUCUAUUAUUUCAGUUGAUGAACCCUAAUCUAGUUUUUCGGGGUGUAAUUUUCGAAUUAGUCCUUUCUGGGACAUUGAUUCCAGGGUUGUUUGCUUAUAAGUAUCCUUUUUACGAUCGGGCACGCGCUUGAUUCUCAGGUGGCUUUCUGAUUAAGAUCUCUUCAUCACUGUUCCAGUUCCUCUUGAUAUUUUUCUGUACAGAGAACGAUGAGAACGAUUCACACUUGUUGAUGAAUUCCAAUUCAGAAGAUACUUCUGGCACUCUUACAUCCUGUGUUUUAUGUCUGAGAAUCCUGACAUCUGACAAUGAUGCCAGUGAUGUUGACUCUAUAAAUCUGUGUAGUGAUUGUAAGUUCUUGCUCCUAGAAGAUCUUGAUUCCCCUAUACGAGAUGUGUAUCGUUGGAGGACAUCUGGGUUAAGAAGAACAAGGUAUAAUAGCAGAUCUGAGUCCAUUGAGAAUCUUUUUUCACAACAGUUCUCACGUAUGAUUAAUUUGGCAAGGCAAAACCAGGAUAACAAUUUGGAGCAUGAUGAUCAUUCUUUUGAUGGAGAUGCUAGUGCAAGGUCAUGGCGGCUAACAAGUUCUCGCAGCACUCCCAGUGGACCUAGGAGGUGGAGGUUAACAAGAACAAGGUAUAAUAGCAGUUCUGAGUCCAUUGAGAAUCUUUUUUCACAACAGUUCUCACAUUUGAUUAAUUUGGCAAGGCAAAACCAGGACAAUAAUUUAGAGCAUGAUGAUCAUUCUGUCAAUGAAAAUGCUAGCACAAGGUCAUGGCAGCAAACAAAUUCCCGCACCACUCCCAAUGGAUCUAGGAGAUGGAGAGUGCCUUCUGAUACUGAAAGCGAUGUAAUUGAUUCUGUCUUUUCGGAGAGUGAAUCAAAUCUCAGCUUCAGUGGCUAUAGGGUUAUGCAUAGUGAAAAUGAAACCGUUUCCUAUAGUGCCUAUGGAGGGAGCUCUACUGCUUCUGUUGAUGGUAGUAGCUUUCUUGGCAUUGGAAAUUCGGCAGAUGAAGGAAGUGAUCUUGACACUGAUACUGAUAUUGACCCGAUGCGUGCUGGUAUGUACCCUUGGGACUCGGAUCAAGAAGAGGAUGACAAUGAAUGGCAAGAGGCUGAUAGUGAGGAAAACACAGUUGGUGUUCUUGGCGGUAGAUCUCUGCAAAGGUCAGUAACAUUGCAUGAGAGCACUUGGGGAAGACUGGGCAUUCUUUCUGCAGAAUUUGAGGGUACAAUUGAUUCGAGAAUUCAGGAGAGGAUUCGAGCACAAAUCGCUGGCAUCUCUAAUGAUCUCGAGGAAUUGGAGCUACACGCUAAUUUUGUGGAUGCAGACUAUCUAGAUGCCCGAGGGCUUGAUGAAUUGGUCGAGCAUCUUGCUGAAACUGAUGGUUUUAGAAGAGGAGCACCACCUGCAGCAGUCUCCGUUGUAAACAGUUUGCCACGUAUAGUUAUUAAAGAUCACAAGCAGCUUGAUGACUUGGCUUGUGCAGUAUGCAAAGAUUCUCUAUUUGUAGGAACUGUUGUAAACCAACUUCCUUGUUCUCAUGUUUAUCACCCUUCAUGUAUCUUGCCAUGGUUAAGUUCAAGGAACACCUGUCCCCUUUGCCGAUAUGAGCUUCCAACCGAUGAUCAAGAUUACGAGGACAGAAAACUGAGGAAUGGAAACGAGUUUGCGAUUCGUGAAACUCAGCAGCACGACAUGAACGAGGGCAGUUCCUCAGACGAUACUGAAGCAAUGGAACCUCGUGAAUUUGGUCGUGGAAGAACAGAGCAAGGGGAAGUCACGAGUAUGAGUGGAUCCAGCACCCAAACUGCCCGGGGGAGAUGGUUUUUUCUAGCUGCUGCAGCACCCGUUAUUAGUGUUGUCGGUAUUGCCAUUGCGUUGUGGUUUGGCAACCCAUUGACAGAGCAGAGUAGGUCAAGCAUCCUUCGAGCAUUGUGUCCUCACAGAGAGCCUUCAAAUCAUGCUCCCCAUUCACAAAGAGUGAACAACCGAGAAAGGAGAUGGUGGUCUCCGUUUUAGCGUCCUCUAUAAUAGCUCAGUUCAUACUCCGAAUUUGAUUACUCCAAGUCACCCAUCUGUUUUAGGCAAAUCCACGAAGUUUGGCCUCCUUUUUUUGCGUGUUGCCCUUUCCACUUUUCCAGUAAGUCCAGGUAUUGGGUUGUGUUGUGUUAUGUGUUGAUUGCAUAGGCAAAUUUAAGGCAUAAGUGAAGGCAACUGUUGUUGAUUUUCUGACAUGUAUUGAUUUCUGAUCACAUUAAUAACAAUGUCAGCUGGCUAUUUUGGUGAGAAAAAAAAA